AUGGAACGAUUAGCAGACUUAGUGCGAAUUCCGUGCGAGUUCAGUGACGUGGGCUGUCCUGAAUUGCUCCGACCGAAGACCAAGCAGCACCACGAGGAGACGUGUGGCUUCGGGCCAGGUGCGAGUGUCGCUCAGUGUCCGCUGGUGUACUCGUGCUCCUGGUUGGGCAGUCUGGGAGCUAUCGAGGAGCACGUCCACGAUCACCACCGAGACGAGCUGGUCGUGACACCGGACGGUGCCUUCACUGCCGCCGCUUCUUCCACGGCUCUCCUCGAGUUCGACUCUGCCCUCUUCGUGUUGCGCGCCGAAUCUGUCACGGUGGCAGACUUCACGUCACAUUACGUGCACGUGGGCCACGUGGCACAGGGUUUGCGUGCUGCAGGAGCUCGGUACCGUUUCAAAGUCAGACAGGAGCCGGAUGGGGCAUUCUACAAAGGACACGUGUCCGACUACCGACAGUCACUGCAGGAACUGGCAGCCGCUGGCGGCUGCCUCUCGUUUGUCACUCAAGUUGAUAAGCCCGACGAGGUCUCCUACUCGGGUGCAAUCAAAAAACUUCCUUUCCAGAUCUUAAUAGAGUAA